AUGAGUACAGAUGUACGCAAUACACACUACAACGUCGAGCGCAACGUCGAGCGCCCCGUCCUUCAGAAGGGAGUAGACAACGAUACUAGCCUUGACACAGACGAGAAGCGAGUUCCGAAGCAAACCGUUCCUAUCUACAAUGAACUGGAACUAGCAUCGGAAAAUGAUCUAUCUUUGGGUAGCAUCCUCAAAGGUACAGCCGCUAGACCACUCACAAACUUCGAGAAAAAGGCGGCUCUGAUCAAUAGAGAGCUCGACAAGUUUGGCAUGGGAAGAUACCAAUGGUGUAUCUGGUUCCUGUGCGGCUUCGGUUAUUUCCUCGAUCUUGCGUGGUCCCAGGGUGUGGGCUUGAUCGCUUCAGCAAUCUAUCAGGAAAUGAACGUCGCUCCCAACCACUGGGGUAACAUCUGGUCAUGCGCCAAUGCUGGCCUCGCGGUCGGCGCUCUGACCUGGGGCAUCCUUGUCGACAUUAUUGGAAGACGCUGGGCUUUCAACCUUACCUGUCUAAUCACGUCGGUCUUCGGCCUCCUCCUCGCAGCGCCCAAAUACAACUACGGGGCCAUUUGCGGCAUCUACUUUCUGGCUUCCCUCGGGCUAGGCGGUAAUAUUCCAAUCGACGCCACGAUUGCUUUGGAAUUCCUUCCCCAGAAUCGUCGGUCCCUGGUCGCCCUUCUGUCUCUGUGGCAACCAGUUGGCGUCGUCGUUGCUUCCGCCGUCGCUUACGGUACCACUGCCAAGUGGCGAUGCGGGAGUACCACCCUUCCUGCCUGCAACACCGUUCCGAGCGGAGAGGCUUGUUGCUCAGUCUCAAGCAACAUAGGCUGGCGCUAUACUCUCAUCGUGCUGGGAUGCAUGACCCUCUUCGUCUUCUUCAUGCGAUACUUCAUCUUCAAGUUCUACGAGUCGCCCAAGUUCCUCAUCAGCAAGGGCAAGGAAGCCGAAGCUAUCGAGGUGUUGCACAAGAUCGCCAGGUUCAACAACGCUCUGCCACCCACCUUGACACUGGAACAGUUCCAGGCCGUCGAUGCUGAAGCCGGACCAGUCGCUCCCGCGGCCACGACCGGGAAUGUUCUCAAGAGCUUCGUGAACAGCUUGAAGCACCUGAAGGGGCUUUUCACCAGCAAGCUACAUACGUUCAUCUUCGUCUUACUUGCGAUCGCGUACAUGGGCGAUUACUGGUCUUUCAACUUGGCCGGCUCAUUCUUGCCCAUCAUUCUGCUCCGUAACAACGUCUCAAGCGGCCAAGAUAGUGUGACCGACACCUACAGGCAAUACGUUUACAUCUAUCUUCCUGGAAUUUUGGGCGCGGUUCUCGCACUGUUGACGAUCCAACUCCCGCUCCUCGGACGAAAGUGGUCACUUGUGUUCUCUGCUUGCUGCCAAGGCCUGGCCAUGGCUAUGUACACCCAAGUCAAAACGACAGCUGGCUACGUGGGGCUCAACGCCCUGGAAUACCUUAUGCAAACAUACUUCAACGCUGUUCUGUAUGCAUCAGCACCUGAGCUAUUCGACACGACCUACCGUGGCAGCGCGACUGGCAUGCUAUCCUGCCUGGGUCGGCUCGCUGGUAUCGUGGCACCUUUCGCUGGUGAGAAAUAUGUCGCCGAUGCCAGCUCCGGGGUUUUGUGGCUAGGAGCCGGAGGUAUUUGGCUCGCCGCCUUCGUAAUGGUUUUUCUACCAGUUGAAAUGAGGAACCGACAGAUGUUCUGA